AUACACUCACCCCAUCGUAUUCGUGCGUAUCUAACAGUUACUCGCCCCGCCUUCACCACCAGGCUGCCUCUCUUCAAAUCAACCUUCCAUCCAUGGCUCAGCUGCAUUAACUACAACCUCAGCCGGGAUGAACAAGCAGGCAAUGAGGCUGCGGUUCGCCGCUACCGACAAGAUCCUUCAGCGCGGUACACGAGAUGCCUCAGAAGCCGCACUCGAGCGCUUCAACGAGAUGCUGCGGCAAGAUCCUACAGACCCUUUAGGCUUGCGCGACCUUAUCCCUCAUGUUCUUCUUCGACUUGACCGGGAGCAAGAGUGCUACGAUUUCAUCAAAUGGUGGGCCAGGAACGGGCCUGAAGCUCGCUCUCGAUCACCAUUCUUGAACCUUCACGGCGCCAACGCUUUCGAAUCCUUGACUAAACUCAGCGCUCGGGUUUCGAACCUCAGCCUCAGUCAUCUCGUAGCCCUCACGCUUCUGAAACUGCGACUCUAUCUCGACUGUGAAUCAGUCUACAACUUUCAACAAGAGUGCAUUUUGGAAUUUUUCGAGCCAGACCCAUCCUUUGCUGAUGUUGAUCGACCCAUCGGAAGCCUUGCACGUAACAAGAUGCACUCCACCAACUUCGAUCGUGCCGAAACAUUGAUUUCGUCUUUACGGAGCCAGUAUCUUGAGCUCUGUCGCGAGGCCAAUGCGGCAAAUUCCUAUUUCUGGGAGGCCCUGAUUGACGACGAACCUUGUACCCCUCCGCCUACUCAAGAAUUACUAGCAGAAACGCAUUGCGUUUCCUGUUUUUGA